AUGGUCAAGAACAACUUUGGCAAGAGCUCCAAGCGGGUGCCCGUUCGCCUUCGUCACAAAAUUGAAAAGGCCUCAGUUGCCAAGCAGAAGAAGCAGAGAAAGCUCGCAAAGAAGAACCCCGAAUGGCGGUCUAAGAUUAAGAAGGACCCGGGCAUUCCCAGCCUUUUCCCCUUUAAGGACAAGAUCCUCCAUGACAUCGAGGAGAAGAAGCGCAUGAAGCAGGAGGAGCAGGAGCGCAUUCGUGAGGAGGCCCGCAUCCGCCGAGGUGAGGCCAAGCAGGCCAAGGGCGCCAACUCCGAGGGCGUGGAUAUCGACGAGAACGACCUGAUGGACGACGAUAUGGAUCUGGAGGGUGAGGAUUCUAAUCCCAUGGCUGCGCUGCUCGCCUCAGCACGGGCCCGUGCUACCGAAUACGAUGGCGAGAACGGAAGCGAUGACGAUAUGGAGGAUGACGACGACGAGAUGGACGAGGACGAAGAGGGUGGCGUGUCUUUCAAAGAUAUUGAUAUCCCCGACGUGGUCAACGCAAAGAACCCCACCAAGGAGAGCUCACGGCGUGCCUUUGACAAGGUCUUCAAGUCUGUCACUGAUGCUGCGGAUGUGGUUCUGUACGUUCUUGAUGCUCGCGACCCCGAGGGUACUCGGUCAAAGGAAGUGGAGCGCGAGAUCAUGGCUGCGGACAACGGCUCUAAGCGUCUCAUUCUCAUCCUGAACAAGAUUGACCUUGUCCCUGCUCCCGUCCUCAAGGCCUGGUUGGUGCACCUGCGCCGUUACUUCCCUACUCUCCCGCUCAAGGCCUCUAGCGGCUCUGGCAAUGCACACACCUUCGAUCACAAGGAGUUGACUGUCAAGGGUACCUCGGAGACACUGUUCCGUGCCCUCAAGGCCUAUGCGGCCAGCAAGCAGCUGAAGCGCUCCGUCUCUGUCGGUGUUAUCGGUUACCCCAACGUCGGAAAGUCCUCCGUCAUCAACGCUCUUACAGCUCGUCUCAACAAGGGAUCCAGCAACGCAUGCCCUACUGGUGCUGAGGCUGGUGUGACCACAAACCUGCGUGAGGUCAAGCUCGACAACAAGCUCAAACUCAUCGACUCUCCCGGUAUUGUCUUCCCUAGCGCCAACGGCAAGACUGGCAAGAAGACCAAGGAGAAUGAGCAGGCUCGUCUGCACAUCGAGGAUCCCAUUCCUGCCGUCAACCUGCUUGUCAAGCGUCUUUCUCAGUCGGAUAACCUCAUCGCUAAGAUGCUUGAGGUUUAUGGCAUCACUUCUCUCUUCCCCACUCACGGUGACAAGACCACCGAUUUCCUGAUCCAGGUGGCCCGCAAGCGCGGACGUCUUGGAAAGGGCGGUGUCCCUAACGUCGAGAGUGCUGCCAUGACUGUCAUCAACGACUGGAGAGAUGGACGUAUUCAAGGUUGGGCUACUGCUCCAACCCUCCCCGUGAAUGCUGCUCCCGAUUCCACUGUGGAAGCCGGUGCUCCUAUGGCUGAUACUACCCAAGUUGUUACGGAGUGGGCCAAGGAAUUCAAGAUCGAGGGCCUCUGGGGCAACGGUGCUGGCGAUGAUGAGGAGAUGGCGGAGUAA